GCGUUUGACGGUUCGCGUAACGCGCAUAAAAAAUACUGGACGGGUGUUUCGGGUCGUUUCUUCUUUGCGCCCUCCCUUGCUGCGUCGAGGAAAUGGAGCCGAAAAGUCCCGGCUACGAGAAGCUCGUCAACGAGAAGCGGUCGCCGAAUAUUUCGCCUGCCGGUAAAAAGCGUUUGCGUUUCAAGUUCGGCCGUAUGCUCAGCACCGGUAAUCUGAAGGCGAGCUCGACGCCUGCGAGCCCGACGACCCCAAGACUUUCGCCACACAUUUUCGAGUCGAACUCUUUGGAAUCUGUGCGGCGAUCUUUCGGAAAUACGAGUGACGGAUGCAAAGUAGAAGGAGGACGCCUGGCCCCGCCUUCGCCACGCCCACUUUCGUACAAUAUAAGGUCAGCGUUUUAA